GAGCCCGCCCCGAUAUCAAAGGAGUGGUCACUGAACGCGGUUGUGUAUUUUCAAAAAUCCGUCUGACAUUUUGCCGACUCCAUAGCGGUGCAGGAGAACCAUUUCGGCGAUUUUAUAGUGCGAACGACACGUGUAGUAUUCUUCCAAAUAGUUUAAUUCCAAUUUUUAAGUAAUCAUUAUGGAAAUGGAAUCAUUUUAUGGUGCAACAUUGACUGUUGACGAACCAGUGGCGCAAUUCGAUGUUAGCGACGAGGAGAAGGUUCUGGCGGAUCAGAAACUUAUAAUCAAACAAAUCAUGUUGGGAGCGGAUGCGGUUGAUGGAGAAUUCAAUGUUGUCGAGGCUGAAACUCAAAACGUCGACGGUGAGAUUAUCAAGAUCCCAAUUGCCGUAUUGAAAGCUGGCGAAACUCGCUCCCUGAAGCCCAAUAUUGAGUUUCCAGCGUCAUCCGUCCAAUUCAAGCUAGUCAAAGGUAUUGGCCCAGUCUACAUCCACGGGCAACACAUUGUCAACGACACAGAAGGCGAGGAAGAUUACAUGUACGACAAAGACGAUGUUGAAGAAUGCGAGGAGGAAGAGCUGGAAUGUGGGUUCAAAGCACCACGAGCACCCAACGCCAAUGGGAAAAAGGCUAAUAGUCAUAAGAAAAAAUGAAUAGAGUAGAAUUUAAGGAUUUUUCUUCAUAAUAUACUUUUUUAAUGUAAAGACAAUUUUUUUCUGAUUACAACUACCAAUAAAAACGUACAUUUACUUAA